UGUGUGCGCGGCGGACACCCGCCCAAGCCUGGGGAGAUCUCCCCGCUGCAGUCGGUCCCUCGGCCUUCCUUCUGGCGGAGGAGCUCGCCUUAUCAGCUCGCACAAGCGGAAGAAACUUCCCCGAGCCGAGAGAGACCGAGGAGGAGCCGUUUCCCAAGUGGCUGUCACACACAGCAUUUUCAGGACAGAUGAAAGAAAGUAGUGAGGUUCUGAUCACAUCAAAAAGGAUAUUGCAGAGUUAGAAAAGCUUCAGAAAAGGCCAAGCAAAAUGAUCAAUGGCUAGAGCAACUCUCCAGAAACGAGCGGUUGCAACAUUGGGGGCUGAGGGUUGGCUUAAAGAAAAGGCUCCAGCCUGAUGACUUCUCCAGCUAUGUUAAAGCUGCCACUGAACUGGGAAGCAAAAAUUUGUGAAUACUUACCUCUGCUGGUCCUUUUGUUUGCUGUUCCACUUGCAGAAAGGACUCCAGGCAGUGGCAGCAUGGAUGGUGUUCUUGUGACGACCUCUGCUGAUUCUAUCAGUCCACUGCGGACAGGCAUGCUGAGUAAUCCUGCUGUAAAUGGGCGAGGACACAGACACACGGAAAAUUAACCAUGGCUUUCUUCGAGACCACAACUAUGUGACUGAAGCUGACAUUAUUUCAACUGUUGAGUUCAACCACACAGGAGAGUUGCUGGCAACAGGGGAUAAAGGAGGUCGAGUUGUUAUAUUCCAAAGGGAGCCAGAGAGUAAAAAUGAGCCUUAUAGCCAAGGUGAAUACAAUGUUUACAGCACCUUCCAGAGUCAUGAACCAGAGUUUGACUAUCUGAAGAGUUUGGAAAUAGAGGAAAUAAACAAGAUAAAGUGGUUGCCGCAACAGAAUGCAGCCCACUCUCUUCUGUCCACAAAUGAUAAAACUAUUAAACUGUGGAAGAUCACUGAACGAGAUAAGAAACCUGAGGGGUACAAUUUAAAGGAUGAAGAGGGGAAGCUUAAAGAUCUUUCUACGGUGACAUCACUUCAGGUGCCCGUACUGAAACCCACGGACUUGAUGGUAGAAGUCAGCCCCAGAAGAAUUUUUGCUAACGGCCACACCUAUCAUGUCAAUUCAAUUUCUGUCAACAGUGACUGUGAGACAUACAUGUCAGCAGAUGAUCUUCGGAUUAAUCUCUGGCAUUUAGGAAUUACAGAUCGAAGCUUCAACAUUGUAGAUAUAAAGCCAGCCAACAUGGAGGAUUUGACAGAAGUUAUUACGGCAUCUGAAUUCCAUCCUCACCACUGCAAUCUCUUUGUUUACAGCAGUAGCAAAGGGUCUUUGAGACUUUGUGACAUGAGGGCAUCAGCGCUCUGUGACAAGCAUUUUAAACUUUUUGAAGAGCCUGAAGACCCUAGUAGCCGCUCGUUUUUCUCCGAAAUUAUUUCUUCUGUGUCUGAUGUCAAAUUUAGCCACAGUGGGCGAUAUAUGCUAGCAAGAGAUUACCUCACUGUCAAGGUUUGGGAUCUGAACAUGGAAACAGUGCCAGUAGAGAUAUACCAGGUUCAUGACUACCUUAGAAGCAAGCUGUGUUCCCUUUACGAAAAUGAUUGCAUCUUUGACAAGUUUGAAUGUGCGUGGAAUGGAUCUGACAGUGUCAUUAUGACAGGAGCAUAUAACAAUUUCUUCCGAAUGUUUGACCGGAACACGAAGCGCGAUGUUACGUUGGAGGCCUCCCGAGAGAGUAGCAAACCACGAGCAAUUCUCAAACCUCGGCGGGUGUGUGUCGGAGGCAAGAGGAGGAAAGACGACAUCAGUGUUGACAGCUUGGACUUUACCAAGAAGAUCCUGCACACGGCAUGGCACCCAACAGAGAACAUCAUUGCUAUCGCGGCUACAAACAAUCUGUACAUAUUUCAGGACAAAAUGAACUCUGAAAUGCACUAGGAUUCCUCUUUGUAAACAGCCGUCCAAGAGGUGACAGGUGUGGUCGCUGUUUGAGAUGUGAUGCUAAUCCUUUUACCUGGAAGCAAACAUCACUGAAUUCAAUGGGUCUUACUCCCCAUUAAGUGUCUGCAGGUGUGAUGGAGAUGGAUUUGCCCUUUUAACUACCCCUACCACCCCAUGAGACAACCACUCAAAUCUUUUAAUUUAUUGCAAUUGCCGCAGAUAUGUUUCAAAAUAAAUUCUGUUAAGAAGGGCCCAGUGUCCCACUCAUCACUAAUUAUUUUAUAUUGUUUCUAAAAGACUGCCCACAAGAAUCGGACACCUACGUAGUUCAAGGUCCUCCGUGAUUCUUUUUAAGGAUAUCCCCCUUGUGGGGGAGGGGUUUAAGCCCACUAACCCAGUUGUAGUUCCAAGAGCAAGGAGUUACUGAAGCACAGAAAUGGCCCCAAAGAUGCCUUAAGCCAGAAUCUGGGGCAUAAGGAAACCUUGCAAGAAGCCACUGCUUGGGCCAGGGUAGCUAACAGCACAUAUGCAAGCAGAAAGAGAUGUGGCGGAGAUCAAAGGUAGAUAAGAAGGCUUUUCAACUGAGGACCGCAUGGUUGGCACUAUCAUAAGGUAUCAGCUAAGGGGGUGGGACCAUUAAGGACAACACCUGCAGCCUGUCAAGCAAAACUGCUGCAUGACUCUUUCAAUCCGCAGCUCUCCCCCACUAUGCAAUACCAGAGUAGGUUUAUGGAGGGACUGGCAAUUAUUCUUUAAGGAGAUCUAUUUUCCGCUCAAUUUGAGUAAGGUGGGUAGAAUAUGAUGAUAACAGCUAUCUAAUGACUUUUCAAAAUAUCUGCCAUUGUUACAUCUGAAAGUUUCACUCUGAAUGUUCAGAAAGUAAAAGGGCCAGGAGGACAGGCACUAGCUCACCUCAGGAUACACAAAACGAAUAAAUGACUGUCCCAAUUAAUGUCACAACACCGCCAUUUAAAUCACUCUUCCGUCAGAACUCGGCUCUUCCUACCAGAACUCACUGAGUUGGCAAUGCUAGCCCCUUGGACACGAAAUGUGGAGAUUUAAAAACCUGCAGCAUGCUCAAUGAAACCUGCAAAAGUGAGUUGUCUCAUGUCAACCAUCUCCAAG